CACACACACACACACACACACACACACACACAGGGAGAGGGAGAGGAGAAGACGACCAACCAGACUGCCAAUUCCCUACGGUCUACUGAAGGAAGCUUACAUUCAUCCAUCACAACACUCUUCAUUCAGUAAAGCUAGAGAGAGAGAGAGAGAGAGAGAGAGAGAGAUUUGUUUAUUGUUUAUAUCAGAUUUAGGCUAUUUGAAAGGAAAGAAAUUACGGAGAAUCUGUCAGGAAAAAAACAAGCAGAUCUAGAAAAACACGCUCAUGCCGAAUAAAGGACCGUCGCUGGAUGUUACUUGUGUUGUUAUAGGGGGGGUACAGGCCUAACUUGUUACAGGAUUCAAAGACGCUCUUAUAGACAAAUGAACUGAAUAAUUGAAAUUAAAUAACUAAACAACAGCGGGGGAAGAAGAAAGGCAUCCUCUGAUCACGCCGAUUCUUUGCCACAAACAGCACCACAGACUUCUCAAUGAAGGAGCCUGACGCAAUCAAGCUCUUCAUCGGGCAAAUACCCCGAAACCUGGAGGAGAAGGACCUGAAGCCCAUCUUCGAGCAGUUUGGCAAGAUCUAUGAGUUGACGGUGAUAAAGGACAAAUACACAGGGAUGCACAAAGGAUGUGCCUUCUUGACAUAUUGUGCACGUGAGUCCGCCCUCAAAGCCCAGAAUGCACUGCACGAGCAGAAGACAUUACCAGGGAUGAACCGCCCAAUCCAAGUGAAGCCAGCGGACAGCGAGAGCAGAGGGGAAGACAGGAAGCUGUUUGUGGGCAUGCUGGGAAAACAGCAGACGGACACCGAUGUGAGAAAGAUGUUUGAGCCAUUCGGCAGCAUAGAGGAGUGCACAGUGCUACGCGGGCCUGACGGUACCAGCAAAGGGUGUGCAUUUGUAAAGUACCAGAGCAAUGCAGAGGCACAGGCCGCCAUCAACGCUCUGCAUGGGAGUCGUACUUUACCAGUGAGUCCCCAUCUACACGCACACAUGCUUGCAUGCACGCACAUUACUCCGGAUCGGAGGCUGUUCGAUGGCUGCCGUGCUUCGGAUCCCUCAUCUUCUCUCCCCUCAUCCUCAUCGCACUCCUCGUACAGCGACAUCUAG